UCCAUUUUGUUCGCGGACGCUGGGGACGGUGGGAGCAGAUCCAUUUCCGGGUUGGCAAAAGGGGCGGCGGCGGCGAGAAAGGGAGCUCGCCGGGCGGGGGUCGAGCAGGACGGGACAAAGCUGGAGCGGAGGUGGCGGAGGAUUUGCUCCUGGAGCCGCUGCGGCCAGGGGAUAAUUAGUUGAAGAUAACAGUGUCUCCGAUAGGUCUUGGGAUGGAUUAUGAAGAUCAUUUCUUGCACUCUAUGACAUUGGUUCUUAUAACAUUGGAGACCCCAAGACAGAUCUUCUCGUUGGUGGCCCUGGAUUCGGCUUUCUCCUGCCAUCAUUAGUCCAGCGUAUCUGUUCCUGAUAUGCAGAGCGAGAGGAAGGGAGAGAGAAACAUCAAUUGUUUGCCUCUCCUACACAUCCCAACCACGGAUCAAAACACAAAACAUAGGUAUAUGAGUGACCUCAAGCUGCAAACUAAAACAGAGAGAGAGCAGUGCCAACUGCGAGCAGGGCAAGGAUGCCAAUUCCUCCUCCCCCUCCGCCCCCUCCUGGUCCUCCUCCGCCUCCCACUUUCAAUCAGGCAAAUACCGAGCAGCCCAAGCUGAGCAGAGAUGAACAGCGGGGGCGAGGUGCCCUCCUGCAGGACAUCUGCAAAGGGACCAAGCUGAAGAAGGUGACCAACGUUAACGAUCGGAGCGCUCCCAUCCUCGAGAAACCCAAAGGGAGCGGUGGUGGAUGCGGCUCUGGAGCAGGCGCCCUGCAGCCCAAGGGAGGUCUCUUCCAGGGAGGAGUGCCGAAGCUCCGGCCUGUGGGAGCCAAGGACGUUCCAGAGAACCUAGCUUCUUGUAAGCCAGCGCUGCAAGUCCCCAGUUCUCGAGCUGCUGCCCCAAGGCCUCCAGUGUCUACAUCCAGUGGGCGCCCUCAAGAUGAUACAGAUGGCAGCCGAGCCUCACUCCCGGAACUGCCCCGGAUGCAGAGACCUUCAUUACCGGACCUCUCUCGGCCUCAUACCACCAGCAGUACGGGCAUGAAGCACAGCUCCUCUGCCCCUCCUCCGCCACCACCAGGGCGGCGUGCCAACGCACCCCCUACGUCUCUGCCCAUGCACAGCAACAAAGCCCCAGCCUACAACAGAGAGAAACCUUUGCCGCCCACACCUGGACAAAGGCUACACCCUGGUCGAGAGGGACCUCCUGCUCCACCGCCCGUUAAACCACCUCCUUCUCCUGUGACUAUGAGAAUGGGACCAAGCGGCCAGUCUCUGGCUCCUCCUCCCCCACCUUACCGCCAGCCUCCAGGGGUCCCUAAUGGACCCUCCAGUCCCACUAAUGAGUCAGCUCCUGAGCUGCCACAGAGACACAAUUCUUUGCAUAGGAAGACACCAGGACCUGCCAGAGGCCUAGCGCCUCCUCCACCCACUUCAGCCUCCCCUUCUUUACAGAGUAAUAGGCCGCCUCCCCCAGCCCGAGACCCUCCCAGUCGGGGAGCAGCCCCUCCACCCCCACCACCCGUGAUCCGAAAUGGUGCCAGGGAUGCUCCCCCGCCCCCACCGCCACCAUACCGACACGGGUCAGAACCUCUGAGCCGAGGAAAGCCCCCACCUCCGCCCUCAAGGACGCCAGCUGGGCCACCACCUCCUCCUCCUCCACCUUUGAGGAAUGGCCACAGAGAUUCCAUUACCACUGUCCGAUCUUUUUUGGAUGAUUUUGAGUCAAAGUAUUCUUUCCAUCCAGUAGAAGACUUUCCUGCUCCAGAAGAGUAUAAACACUUUCAGAGAGUAUAUCCCAGCAAAACAAACCGAGCUGCCCGUGGAGCCCCACCUCUGCCACCCAUUCUCAGGUGAAGCCUGGCUGGGUCCUGUUCCUCAGGAAAAGGAUGGACCCUCCUCUCCUCUUCUCAGAUGGUCCCUUCCAUUCCCCGGAAACCUGCAUGAGAACUCCUGACGUGUUUCUCCAGUGCAACCAACCUCUAGACUCCGAGCGUCCUCCCAGCUCACCUCCAUCUGUGCGUCUUGUCUUCUGGCCUCGGUGAUUGGACUCUCCGUAUUGACAGUAGGGUCUUGAACCCUGCAUCCAUCCCUCCUCGAGCAGUCCCUGCCAGCCAGAUGAGGAAGAAGCUUCCGUGUCGCCUGCUUUCCUCAUGGGGAAAGGUGCCUUGUUGUGAUGAACUAACUCAUUACUGGGGCAGGGUGGAGCAGAGUGCUCCUGUCUCCUCCUGCCCACUUUGGGGGAAGCUUGGCGGGCAUAUUUCACCAUUUCGGAGGCUGACAUGGCCGGGACUUGGGGAGGGGGAGGCAUUUUUUUUAGUGAAACAAGAAAGGAGUUUGCAGAGAAGUGAUCUGUUUUAAAGGUCAGGUUUGGAGAAAGGGCAGGAGAAUGGGUCUGCUUUAUUUCUAGGGGUAUUUUGGUUUUGCUCUUACCCCACCCCAUACCCUCACUCCAGGGAUAAGUUGGAUAUAAACACUAAAUACUAAUCUAUUGAACUAAACAUCUAAUAAAAAGAGAGGGUAGAAUAAACUGGGAGCCCUUUAGUGCUAGCCAGUUCCUCUGCAGCAAAGGGACCAGGAGCCACGUGAUCCCCUGGGACUCCCCGCCCGGUGUCCUCAGGUUUCCUCAGGGUGCUGGGGCUGAGGGGCGUGUUUCCUCCCCCACCACUCAGACCCUGAGGAGGAACGUCACUUUUGUUCAUUCCAGAUAGGAGAUAGGGCCAGGGUCUUGGUCUUAACCUUGACCUUGAGUCCACAUCAGUCUUACCUGAUUGGCCCAAAAGACUCUGGCCCUUUCAGUCCUGUCCAGAAACUUCAGCCUUUGUUGGGUGCUCCAUGACAACGACGAGGAAGGGAAGGGUGCAGCUUGUGGUGGAGUUCGCAGCCCGCCGGCUGAACGGGCUCUUCCUAUUCUGUUCACCGCCCUUGCCUUUCCAGGACUGCAGGGGUUAAUGGCAGAGCAGAGAAGGGUGAGGAGGUUUAUGGGUGUAGCAGAGAUUCCUCUGUGCCAAGAAGCACAAAGGCUUCGGUGAGGCAAGGCGGUGAGGCGUGUCUCAGCCCAGCUGAUCUGUGGCAGCCAGCGACAGGUUGUUUGUUCGUCUUCCAGGCCCUCGUCAAAGGACAGAGAGAAAAUGGAGGUUCCCAGCCCAGACAGGAACUGAGCUUGGCUGGUAGCACAGAGGUUCCCCUUCCCAGACAGCUGAGCAGGGCUGCUGGGCCGCACGCACAGGCCGUGUGGGUGGCCACAGCUCAGGCCACGUGCAGAGGCUACUCAAAGCUUGGAGGAAGAGCAGGGAGGCCAUGGCGGUUCCUCGAAGUGGUUGGGAAAAGUCAGUUUAAAAAUUUCACCAGAUACAUCACAGGCUUGAACUACCAUAGGGACCUUUCCAGUUUAUUGGAUCACAGAGGAAGGGUCUUGCAUGGUGCUGGGUAAAACCCAAGUCUCCCCAUUGCUAGAAGAGAGGGGGCCCAACCUGGGUUAUUUGUAUGGGGACCGCUAUCCUCUGUCAUCCCCUGGACCACACUGACUCUGGACAAAGUGGACUCCUGGGUCUGUCAUCAAACUUUUUCUAAUCGUUAUCAUUCUUAUUUCCAAAACUGUUAGUAGUUACCUCCCAGCGGUAUCCGUGGCACCCCAAAGGGGACGGAGCUGAGAGAGGGCGCGCCAGCGCAGGGGAAGGGGCAGAGGACGAGAGUGGGCACUGCGGCGGAGUUCCAGGGCAGAUGCUGGCCCAUCACGGAACUUGGACUGUGAAGUCUUCCCAUUUAUUUUCAAAAUGGGACUUGAUGCCUUUUGUACGAUGUUGUCAAAGUGUAUUUUUCCCCUUUCCUCAAACAUACAGCAUCAAAAUAAGUGUCACAAGUAAAAGCCAAACCCCCAGCUUUUCACUGGGGCCGCUAUCUUCCUCCCCCGUGACCUGCCGCCCCUCAUCUUCCCCAGCGUUCAGACUGUGUCACGUGGGCAUCCAGGUAUUUUUAUUUUCUUGGCCUCGUGAAAAGAGGCCUGGGUUAGAUCUAGUCAGAUGCAUUUUCUUCAGCGCAUGUUGGUGACACAGUACUUAUUUAAAUAUCUUUGCCUUAUACGUUAUUUGGUCCCUCUGUUAAGAACAGAUUUAUUAUCAUGUAUAUUUACUAUCGAAGAAUGGGAAUGUGAUCUUCAUAAUUAUUGAUCUAUUUUGUAUGUUGUAAAAAGCUUGUAAUAUAGAUUUAAGGUGGGCUGGCUGCAAGAGCACUGGAACUUCUCACCUUUGAAACUGCUCUUUUUAUCUGCUUAUGGGAAUGUCGUCUCUUCGGCGGAAGAUUGGGUGGUCUCAUGUUGAGGCUGUUGCCCAGUCCCAUUAAUCCCCUUACCCUCUCCCAGAAGGAGGAGGCAUUGCCCAGCUAAGCAUCAGGAAGCUGCGUUAAAAGCCCUUGUGUGGGUUUGGUUCUAUGAGGUUUUUCUCUAGUGGGGAAAAGUUAAUACUGUAGUUGUUUCUUACCGCCCUUUCUGGGGAGCAGGGCAGUGGCCUCCAGGUUUUUAAGCCAGCUGGGUGCCCCUCUUGGACCCUUCUUUGGUCGCCAACCCUGGAUCAAAGCACUUGGAUGCUCCAGCUGUGGUUUUCUCUGUCGUGGGGGUCUCCUCUCACAGUGGAGCCCCAUCGUUUUCACUCCCGGGCCCACAAGAGAGCGCCUAUGGCUGCCCUGCCUAGUGGAUGUGAAGCUAGCUGCUGGCUCCAGAAAUUCAUCGCAGCCCUCCCAGCUGGCAAAGGCAAGGAGACUAGCCACUGGCCAUGGCGCUGGGGGCACCCCCUCACACCACAGCUUCCCCACUUGAAACCCAGAUUUACCUCCAGGGAGAGGUGAGAAAAAAUUGUAAAUAGACUUGCUACAGAGCAACUCAGGUUGGGGUGUGUUUUAAUUCUCCUGAUCACUUGAAAUAAUCUGUAGGCUGAGUGCUUAGGGGAGGGGGAGAAGCGUGACUCCAGGGUCCUCUGCGAAGCUCGGGGGUGGAGCACAGGGCACCCGAGGCCCUCUCGUGGCACUGCACGGAGCUGUCUGUCCUUCUGCCAGCCCAACCUGCAAGCAGCUGCAAAUCAGACUCUUCACGUUUCGGUUGUUUCCUUCCCUGUUAGUCUCGGUCCCUGGCCGUGUAGCCUGGGUAGCUUUCUGGAAGCCACCCUGCCUCGGGGCCUGGAGGACGUUACAACUCUCCCUUCAAGACUCAUCCAAAUGAAACAAAAUCACAGCCACCCUCAAAACAUACAGGCAAAUAAAAAAAGGAUAACUGUUUAACUGCAGGAAAGGUUUGGUUCCAUUCAACUCCACGUUCAUUGUGCCUUUACUUGUGUUAGAUUGCUGUGCUUUCUUCCUCUCUCCCUCCGAAGCAAUUAAAAUCUUCCUUGAUAAUGGCUGUUUUCUUCUUUCUACUCUUGGUUCCAUCAUCUUAGUGGGUUCCCUGAUGGUCUUAAAUCUCACUCCACUGGUGGCAGAGGGCCAGGGGCAAGCCUGCUGGUCUCACAUCUGUCUCGUAUCGUUUCCCGAGAAAACCAGCAUGGAAGUCGUAGUCAACACUGAAUAAAAAACCUAGAGAUGACCUGUGAAGAGUGUGAAUGGGUGUGAGUGUGUGUGUGUGUGUGUGUCCAUCUUUGCAUGUGGAUCAGUUUCUUUAAAGAAAAAUAAUUUAAUUGUAUGACUUCUUUUGGAGUUAUAUUCCGAUUACAAUGCUCCCUCUCCCAGCUAGCAUUGAUUUUUUUUCCCGGUCCCCUCUAAAAUAUAUAAUCUGGUUUCAGGUUGGAUUAUUUGGUAUACUUGUUUCUUCUGGAUGCUGUGCAGUUUAAUUAAACCAUGCUUAAAAACAAAAACAGAAAGUCCAAAAUUGUGUACUCUUGUCUGGAAUACCGCCUCAUGUAGUGACACAGAGCGGGGAGUAAAUCUGUUGCCUCCGAUUCCAGAUUGCGUGGUGGUUUGAACCCCGGUCCUCUGAGGAAGUCGAUGCAUUGACUUGGGCAGAAGCAUCUGCAGCUUCUUAAGGGUUUUCUCUCCUCCCCUCCGGCUGUAUUUUGAAAAUCGCAGUUCUAGGUAGCCAUGCUGACUGGGUGACUCUGACAGACUCGGGCAUUAUUUAUAUUUGCCACCUAACCCCCCUUUGCUUGUGACUUCAGGAAACCCAGGCCACCCUCUGGCCUUGCGUCCUUUUUUUAUGUCCCUUACGAUGCUUUCUGCCUGCGCUGCACAGCAGAGCCUCACGCUGAGGUGCGGGAGGACAGGUGGGGCAGAGCGCACAGACUCCGUGUGGCUAUUUUUAUGUGGGUGUUUGCUGUUUUUCUUCACUGCUUUUUAAGUUGAAGUCUUACUGGCUUGAACUUUGACGUUGGGUGUGAAAAAUUAAGCCAGACAUCCUCUGCUUACUAUGGUCAGCUGACUAAUCACCACAAAGACUUAAUGAGCUUAACUUGCACUUUCCUCACUAGCAAAGGUCUUGAAAUUGUUUCCCAUACCGAUUCAUAGUGGGUGUGUGUGUGACUCAUUCACAUAAUUUAGAUAUCAAAACCUAUGAGGGCCAGGGAGGGAGGACGGAAAAGGGGCUCUUUUUCAUCCAUACUUGCCAAAUUGGCUGAAUUCCUGAUUAUUUGACCCAUCGUUGUUAUUAAUGUGAUUAAUAAACUACCUAUUUAUUGAUUUAA